AUGAUACAAAUUAAGUAUCAAGGUGAUGAAAAGAUAGCUACGGUGAAUCUUUAUGGCUUAAAGACAGAUUUUGAUGAGGUAAAGACGAAGAAUAGGGAGAAAGUUCAAGAAUACAUCAGCCGUGUUCUUGAUAUCGUAUACAAAAUCAGGGUUCUUGGAGAAACUCUGGUUGAACAAGAGGUUGUUUUCAAAAUCAUGAGAACCCUCACCCCAUACUGUUGCUAUGUGGUAUCAUCCAUCCUGAAAGGGAAUGAUAUCAAAACACUAACAGUGGAGAAACUGAGUGGGUCCUUGAAGAGCCAUGAAGCUAUUCUUGCAUUAUCAACAACUGAUGAAAAAGUUAAAGCCCUGCAGGCUGAAGCUACACCAUCCUGGGCCGGUGAAAAUAGCAACUCAGGAGGACGAGGCAAAGGGAGAGCUUCCUUCAGAGGUCACUUCAAAGGAAGAGGACAAGGUAGAAGUACUGAUCGAGCCUAUCUUCAGUGUCACAUAUGCAAGAAAUAUGGGAAUGUGAAGGCACAAUGUUGGUAUAGAGAGAGUGACACCAACGUGACUGAGAAGGAACCGGUUGUUGAAGAGCAAAAGCAGUUCAUGGCCAGUGGAGGAGGAUGUGUUGAAGUAUCGUGGGUGUGGCUCAUCAACAGUGGGUGCUCCAAUCAUAUGAGUGGCAUAAGAGAGCAUUUCCAUGAUCUUGAUGAGAAUAUUCAGCAAGUGGUGAGGCUUGGAGAUGGGAAGACCAUCAAGGUUGAAGGUGUUGGAACUGUUAAGUUUCAAACAAACAAUGGGAAAAUAAAGUACUUAAAAGAAGUUCAAUUUGUCCCACAAUUAGCCCACAAUUUGCUUAGUGUGGGUCAACUCAUUCUCACGGGCUACACUGUAACCUUGUUAAACAAGGAGUGCACCAUUUUUGAUCAAGAGGGAGACACUGUGCUCGUUAAAGUUCCUAUGGGUACUCAUAGGCUUUUCUCCCUUGAAGUUGAAGACAUAGGUGCAGCACAUGUUACAAGACAACAGUCAUCAUCCACUUCAUUAUGGCACAAAUGA